GACAGGCCGGAAAGUAGCGGCCGCAGCUGUCGCCGGGCCGGGUCGUGCCGAACCAAGCCACUAUGGGGGUGAGGCGGAGGCAAACUGCCGCCGGGGCAGGGACGGGGAGGUGGCGAGGACCUGAGAGGCGGCAGUUCGUGCCAGGAGGGAAUGAGAGAAGUAAAAUUGCGCUGCAGCUCAAAGCCACGCUGGAGAAUGUCACCAACCUCCGCCCCUUGGGUGAGGACUUCCGGUGGUACCUCAAGAUGAAAUGUGGCAACUGUGGUGAGAUUUCAGAGAAGUGGCAGUAUAUUCGGCUGAUGGACAGUGUGGCACUGAAGGGAGGUCGUGGCAGUGCCUCCAUGGUCCAGAAGUGCAAGCUGUGUGCGAGGGAAAACUCCAUCGAGAUUUUGAGCAGCACCAUCAAAUCUUACAAUGCUGAAGACAAUGAGAAGUUCAAGACAAUCGUAGAAUUUGAAUGCCGAGGCCUUGAACCAAUUGAUUUCCAGCCCCAGGCUGGGUUUGCUGCUGAGGGUGUGGAAUCGGGAACAGUCUUCAGUGAUAUUAAUCUGCAGGAGAAGGACUGGACUGACUAUGACGAAAAGUCUCAGGAAUCUGUGGGAAUCUACGAGGUCACCCACCAGUUUGUGAAGUGCUGAACCUUCUUCGUGCACACUUGCCUCUAAGAACUGAGAAGGGACAAAGGGACAACGUGCCCCGAGCAGCAGAGCCCCAAGGCGCGUCCCCUCAUCCCUUGUCUCCUGGAAGCUAUCCAAGCCCUCACGGCCUGCAUGCUGGGCUCUGUCACAGCUUCCCAAGCCCCACCAAUAAAGCCCCCGUUUGUGCUGCCCUGGUA